UUUGUCACUCAAGGCCUUUGCCCCGCGUCUCCAUCCCUGUCACAGCUUCAAAGCGACUCAGGGGUUGGCCGACCUGCCGAGCAUGGUUGUGGCGGAUCCCAGCUGCAUGGAGCAGCAUAAAGGCAGCAGAGCCUUUUCCCACAAAAAAAAUAAAUGUCUACACUUGCAGUGAUUUUCAACCCAAGGACCUUUGCCUACGAAUUGUCUCAGCUUCCUUGCCACCUCCAUUGCCUAUCAACAAAUCAACUUGGUUUUUCUUUCACAGAUCAUUAUGUUUCCCACUUCUUCCUUUGGCACAAGGGAAAAAACAGUCACAGAGGCUCCCCAAGCUGAGCUGGAGACAUGGCUGUAGCCAUACCUACAAGCAAGGGAAAUGCCGCUUGUUUUCACUUGCUACCCAAAGCAUAACAGCCCAUUACACAAAAUCGGCAGCAAAGCUCCCCCCCCCUUUAAAAAGAAAAAAAAAAAAACAAACCAAAAACUUAUGUAACGCCACAACUAAUCUUUGCUAAUCUUAAGCAAGGCAUUUAGAUCCGGGGAAUAAGCCUAUUCUUCUCGCCUCCCCCCACCCAGACUAUCUGUGCAAUGAAAAGGGAAACAAACAGAAGCAAAGUUCACAGCCUUGUGAAUAUUCCUUUUUCACAAGAGCGAAGUGGCAACAUUUCCUGAGUCUGCUCCGAAGUAAACCCUCCUGCCCUGCCACUUCCCAUGCACAGCAACCAAGGACCUUAAGAGAAAAGCUGCUUUUGGACCGAUUAUCACUCGCUCUUAGCUAAAGCAUGGAAAUCUCUACUCUCGCUAUGUACCAUUGCCUUGCUUUUGUCUGGUAUUUUUUUGUCAACUAUUCAAUCUCGCGUGUAAGAGCAGAAGAGAGGCCAUCUGAAGUGUUCCUUUAUGGUCGGCAGUGGAAAUAUUUGACAAUCCUCAAUCUGGUUUUGCAGGCUGUCUUCUAUGGGGUGUCCUUCCUGGCUGAUGUGUUGAGACUAAUUAAGAAACUGCGAUGUGCUAAGUGCGUAACUUCCAGCAGAGACCUUCUUUUCAGUGUCCUGGCUUUCCCAGUGUCCACAUUUGUUUCUGUAUCUUUUUGGACACUGUAUACCUACAAUCGAGAGCUGGUUUACCCCAAAAGCCUUGACGGAGUCAUCCCGCUCUGGUUAAAUCACGCUAUGCACACAGCUAUAUUGCCAUUUGCUCUCCUGGAAAUCCUUGCCACGCCGCACCGUUACCCAGCAAAGAAGAAGGGAUUGAUCCUAUUAGGAUUUGUCGCUUUUCUGUAUAUCAGUUGGGUCCUGUGGAUUUAUUCUGUAACAGGAGAGUGGGUAUAUCCUCUCUUUGCUUUGUUUAGCCCAGCCGGGCUAGCAGCCCUUUUUGCUGGUAGCCUUGCCGUCAUUGUCUCUUUCUACAACUUCGGAGAGUUCCUCAACCGUAUGAUAUGGGGAGAUUCAAUAGUAAUACUGGACUACAGGCAGAAAAGCAAGUGAAUCCUCCUCUUGAAGCCAAACAAUCUCUCCAUGAAUGCUGAAGCCAUGAAGUAGAGGAAAAUAAAUGCAGCUGUGAUAAAUCCUUUCUCCAAUGCAUUGCAGCUUCUGGUGAAGCCAUUAUGUCAUCAGACAUAUGGAAAACUGGUGGAAAAUAUGAAAUGUUUGCCUCUUACAUGAUAACUCUGCAACUGCUAUGAACAAGAAAAUUGUGUUCAUCUGUUUACACAGAUUUCUCAUCUCUUGCACAAUGUACGUGAGGAUGUGUCCAUGGUUAAAACUUGUCACUGGUAAACGAACUCCCUCAUGAGCUUGGCACCACACUGUAAAAGACCUGUGAAUGCAAGCCAGCUCUUGUUUGGAUUACCCUUCAUCAAGUCUGGAAAAAAUUAAGAGGAGGGGUAAUUUUAACAGUGCUGUGACUUCCAAGCUAGCUAGAUAACAAAUUGGGCUAACAAGGACCGUAAUUAGGAAUGUCUGCUCAGAAAGUUCACCAUGAAGCCAAGUUCUUCUAACAAGAAACAUUCUGGAAUAUCAAUAUGCAUAGUAUCUCCCCUCCAUUUUAACAGGAAAUCUGAACACAACACUUUCUUCCUUUUUCUUGGUUUCAGUUAAUCUUGCAGCAAAAGUAACCUAAUUAUACUGACUGUAUGAUUGCUUUGACAGAAAGCAUGUUAAUUUAAAGCACUGUUUAACAUAAAGCUGCCUGCCAUAUAAUUACACUCCAUUCACAUGUUUACUAAUCUUCCUCAAUAUAGUUGAUUUCUGUUAUUAGCCUCAACAUCUUGUUAACAUUUAAAACACUGGAGAUCUGCUUUGCAAACUCCAAUAAACAGGCAAAACCGA